AUGAGCGUGACCAGGACCAAGUCGCCGGCAUCGGCAACGUCAGGACACCACUUUGUUUCGGGUCUUGGGUCUGGAGUUGCCUCAGCUGUUAUUCUGCAGCCUUUGGACCUUUUGAAAACACGCAUGCAGCAGUCAGGACAUUCAUCGUUAAGGAAUCUCCUUCGGGAUAUGAGACAGUCUCCCAAGUUCGUGGCCAGUCUUUGGCGAGGGACGCUCCCAUCAGCCUUGCGAACUGGAUUUGGCUCGGCCCUUUACUUCACAACCCUAAGCUCAAUUCGCCAGCAAGCUCGAAAUUGGGAUUUCUUUCGGUCACACAAUCAGCUACAUUAUGGGUCUUCUGCUCUUCCCACGCUGAGUAAUUCUGCUAACCUUGUGUCUGGGGCUGUGGCCCGCACCUUUGCUGGCUUCGUGUUAAUGCCGCUUACAGUGAUCAAAGUACGUUUUGAGUCGAAUCUCUACUCGUAUCCAUCACUUUGGGCAGCAGCCAAAGACAUCCAAAGGGUUAAUGGCUUCCGAGGUUUCUUCUCAGGCUUCGGUGCCACUGCCAUGCGAGAUGCGCCCUAUGCUGGCUCAUAUGUACUCUUCUAUGAACUCCUAAAAAGCCAGUUUAGUAAGCUGGCACACCCACCAGGCCAAUCUCACGAACCAACGAAGAUGCAAGCAUCGGUAGCUGGUUCGGUUAAUUUUGCUUCGGCAAGCCUUGCGGCUGGAAUUUGCUCAGCCCUCUCCAAUCCUUUCGACGCCAUCAAGACUCGGAUCCAGCUGCAGCCGGAACAAUAUAGAAAUAUGGCGCAGGCUGCUUAUAAGAUGGUCACCGAAGAUGGCUUCCGAAGCCUGUGGGAUGGACUGGGUCUCCGUAUGGGUCGAAAAGCCAUGAGCUCAGCUCUUGCCUGGACAGUGUAUGAAGAAUUGAUUCGCCGUGCCGGCACACCCAGAUCCCUAUAG